AAAAUGAAUUCAGUACAACUGAAUAUGUUCUUUUUGUGAGUAAAUGAAGUUAAAGUUGUUCCAUAGCCACCAUCAUGUAGGUGGCGGCUAUCCCCUUCAUGUCCAACGCUAAACAAAUCCCCAAGAUAUGCUGCCACUUGUUAUCUUAUAAAAGUGAUCUCCCAGCAUCAAACCCUUAGAUUUGGGAGUCUCUCUUCGAUUAUGAUACCAGUGCAAUUUAUAUAUAACACUGGCAAUUGUUUUUGCUCCGAGCAUUCCAAGUAUCUCAAUUCGCUGCUCGAUUGCAUUAUGGAAAAGAAGCAAAAGUGCAACGACGAAAACUUAAUCUCUACGAGAGUGUGUAGGUUUCUUGUUGAAACCACGGAAUUCUAAGUAUAAAUGAAGGCAUUUGAUAUCCUUGGCAUCAUAGAAGAGCGCCUAAAGCCCAUGUUAUUGGGUCUACUAUUUGAUAUUAGGCUUCAAAGACAGUACGAGAGGUUGAGAAGCAUGGCGUUACCGUCUCCCUUCUCAUCGCCGACCCUUAAGACCAACCCCUGUGGCUCUUCUCGCGUUCCAACCACUUCUUCCGUCUCCCACCAUCACCACUUCCUCACUUGUCCCUCCGGUGGAGAACCGUCUCCCCACCGCAAGAAGUCACAAUCUUUGGUGGUUCUCGGUCACCGACAAGGCCAACCACUCAUCGAGAACUGCAUCCUUUGCGAUCGCAAGUGCCUAAGGGAGCUCAGCAGCUGGGGCAUCGGCGGCCCAUGCCGCUACUUCCUCCGAACCUCGGGAGCUUCCCAGCUCGUCGCCGCCGUUCGGUACUGCAGGGAGAGGUGCAUUCCGUUCCUGGUCCUCGGCAGAGGCUCUAAUUGCCUCUUCGACGACCGCGGCUUCGACGGCUUCGUCAUGCUCAACCGGGUGGACCAGCUCGAGUUGACAGAACCGGGUGUUUACAGGGUCGGAAGCGGCUUCCACUUCAACCGGCUCGGAGUGCGAUGCUCCGCCGAGGGUUUCUCAGGCCUUGAAUUCGCCGGCGGCAUUCCGGGAACAGUUGGUGGAGCCGUGUUCAUGAAUGCCGGUGCCGACUGCCAGGAGACGGGAGACGUGGUGGACAGUGUGGAGAUCGUGACGAUGGACGGAGAGUUGCAGGUGCUGAGGAGGUCGGAGCUGGCGUUCGGGUAUCGUUGGUCUGCGUUCCAAGACAUGAAGGAUUUAGCUGCGAUCGUAGCGGUCACGUUUCGAUUGACGCCCAGCACCGCGGCAACAGAGCGUCAGAGGGCGUUCCUGGAGAGGCGUAGAAGAACUCAACCGAUCGGAGAACGUAGUGCUGGAUCGGUGUUUCGUAACCCUUCGGGUGCAGAAAUGUCAGCGGGAAGGCUGAUUGAGUUGGCAGGACUCAAAGGUUUCGCCGUGGGAGGUGCGAAGGUUUCCAACGUUCAUGCAAAUUUCUUCGUCAACUUCAAUGGUUCGACCUCGCAAGAUAUGUUAGCGCUAAUUAGCCAUGUAAAAGAAAGUGUGGAUAAGAAGUUUCAGAUAGAACUUAAAGAGGAGGUUAAAUAUGUAUCUCACAGGACACAAAUGUAGUAAAAUUUGAUGAACGCAUCACCUGUUCCUUUGAUCUCUAAAGCUGAGGAUGAUAUCUUAUGAGAAUGGAGGAGCUCCACCAGAGUUUCUCUGAGAAAAAUAUAGCUGCUGUCAAAUAAGAUCCAAA